UCUCGUCCUAGUCCACAUCUCUCUCCACAGGGCAGAAGCGGUAGACGCACCUCCCUUGUUCUCUUCUAUUCAGAUCCAUGACGCACUCUGCUCGAUCCGCUUCUCGCUUCCAUGAAUCUACCUCACAAAAUCUUCUUCUUCCAUGAAUCCUCCUCAUCUUCGCAUGGCAUCCUCUCCCAAGGAUUUGGCCCCUGUUAGUUUAUAAAUUGCUAGCCAGGGCUGCAUGCUUUUGGAUUUCUUCUCCAGUCAACGGGUUGGGCUGGCGAUGUCUUGUGGCUCCUCAGACCCCUCCGCAUACUGCUCGUCUGCUUCUCCUGAGCUGAAGCUGUACCAGGCUUUUAUCUUUUCGGUGCCGGUCUUCUUCACCUUCGUCCUCCUGCUUUUGUUCUAUCUCUUCUACUUGCAGCGCCGCCGGGCGCAUUGGCAGUCCCUCAGAUUGAGGGACGCUCAGCUCAGUCGAGGAGACACACCGAGACGUCAGGAGUCAGGCAUAAAGAAGGAGCUGAGGGAGAUGCUUCCGGUGGUUGUGUUCAAAGAGAGCUUCUUGAUCAGAGAGACGCAAUGCUCUGUGUGCCUGGGGGACUAUCAGUCAGAUGAUCGCCUUCAGAGAAUACCUCAUUGUGGUCAUACCUUUCAUGUGGAUUGCAUCGAUCAUUGGCUUGCAUUCAACACCACAUGUCCUCUCUGUCGAGUCUCGCUGCUUCCUACAACCAAAUUCACAUCUAGCAGCUUGGAUCACACGGUCCUACCAACUGAACGUGGGGUCUUCGACCCACAACCUUCAGAGAGGCUGACUUAUACAAGAUUUGUUAGCACCGAAAAUGAGGAAUAUGAUGCACAAAGAUAUCGUGUUGACGAACUUGGAGGUGACUGGAGAGAGGUUGAACAACAUACAAAUGUUCAGCAAGGAUCAGUGGCAAUUGUAAUUGAGGCCCAUAGCGGUGUCUGAGGGAAGUACUAGUGACCAGUCUUCCACGAAAGUUUUUUCAAACAAUGCGGCAUCUCAGGAUUUAUGGGCAAGUUCAAUUAUCAUGUUUUCGCUAGUAGAGUAUGAUCUGAGAAGUUGUUUGGGCAACAUUAGCUUGGAGUUUAUGGAGUGAUGUAAUUUAAGAUACCACAUACAGAAAACAUAUAAUUGUUUAAGCCAUGCUGUCCAGGGGUUUUGUUGUCAUGCACGCACACACAUAUAUGAUACCAAAUGCCCUCUUGUGCUUACUGGAAGAACAUCUGUGCUUUCAUCGUGGUGUACUAGUUGAAUCAUCUGUCACCAGAGCAACACUGCCAUUGUCAUCUUACUAUUAUGGACACUAAUCUUGUCUGGUACUUCCAACUACUAGAAAAAAGCUGAAAAUUCUGACAGUGUCAUGGUGAGGCUGUUUCAGAAUUGAACUGGGUCUAUAUGGAAAUCAGGCUUAAACAAGCUAAUAUCAAGAACUGGAAGUUCCAGUCUAUAAUCAUAAGUCCAUCCAUAACAUGACUGACUUGUAUAACUUUCUCAGCAGGUCUGGAGGAGCUUGUGUUGUGUCAAGGGCACACUUUAUGUUGAGGUUAACAAGCAUUCUAAGAGAAUGUCAGUCCAACAACAUUCUGAUGAGAAGGAAGACUAUUGAGAGAAGGUGACAAGGAGUCCCAAAGGCAAUGAUUUUCUUAUCAGAAGUCAAGGAUGCUAAAAUUCAAGGAGAUGCCUGUAGCACCUAAUGAUGCAGAUGAGUUUAUAUUGUCAUUUCGAGGCUUUUCGACAUAGGACAUCUUAGCAAGACAGUACAAAUUUUCAAAGGCACAUUUCAAAGGCCAGAGGACCCUAGGCAGUUCUGAAACUCAAUUGGUGCCAAUGUUCUAAACUUUAUUUGCCAUGAGCAGUUUAGGUAUGCUAAACUUAGUGAUGACAUUAAUUUAGCUAUAGAUGUCUUAAUUUAAUUUGCUUUGUUAUCUUCCAGGAUGGUUCUAUGGCUACCCACUUAGAGUAGUGGCCAGAUACCACAAGUAGAAAUCUUCCCUUAAGAGACAGGUAUCAAGAUGUCCUAUUCCAUUAGUAGAAGGACCAAACUCUCCAUAAGGGGAUAACUCCACAACUAGUUUCCAGACUACUUUUGUAAAUUUCUGAUAGCAUUUGCACUUCUUCACAAAAUUAAGUUCUUGGCCCUCGUAGUUUGCUAUAAGUAUCCUUGAAUACAUUUCAAAUGAUAGGUUCUGGCUUCAAUGUGUUAGCCACAAAUUCCAUGUAUCGACCUCAACAUUAGUAAUGCUUCAUAGGGUGAAGGCACCUUAGAUAUAACAUUGAGAAUGACCUUUUUUAUAGUGCUUCAUUGAUUAAGUUGUACUAGGUGGACAAAAUUGGGAGAGCCUUAUAAUAGCAUUGUCUCUUAUAUAUCCUUCUUCGACGACUCCUAGACACAAUUGAUGAACUAAUCCAUUCAACAUCAGCAUUUACCCGGUAAUUUUGAUUUGAAUGUCUUCGAUGAGCACCUCCUUCAAGUUAUCUCCAACACCCAUGGCAUCUAUUUUUGAAAUUGCAUUGGUCUUCAUAUUAUCUAAUAUCAAUAUCUGCUCUAUGCCUAAUGUACUGAAAAUGUUUUCUUAGGGCUCUCCUUUUAUAGGUAGGGUAUCAUAUGUCUACCUCAGUCCUCAGCCUCGAACUUCCUAACACCAUCUACCACCCAUUGUGAAUCACUGAAGAUUGCGCGCGUUUGAUUGACUUUCAUUGUUGGUGACUACGAAUUGAAAUAUGAAGAAAUUUUCAGCGCACGCACCUCUCCGAUAAGCAAUACCUAUCUGGUAGAUCCUACUUGUCUUGUUAAGGUGCCAUCUAUAUAAAAGACUCAGUUUUGCCACUGCUUGGACUCCUCAGGAGGCAAAGUGUAAGUGAUAGAUCUCAAAAGAUAAUCAGAUUGUAAUGAAAUCAUUGUAAAUUUCAUAAUGCUUUUGAGAGAGGACAUCAUUUUUUGCAGUAAGAUCGAUGCAUGUAUAUUUUCGUCGUGAUAGCAAUAGGUGGCCUCAUGCCUAUAAGCAUGUUAAUGUCUAGUUAAGUGUUGGAGAAACGAAGUUCCAAAGUGAUUGGAUUCGAUGGGGUUGUUUUGAUG